UAACUAGUAACUACAUAUUUACUUAGUUACUAGUAACUAAGUAACUAUAUAUUUACUUAGUUACUAGUAACUAAGUAACUACUUAAAUACUGAUUCCUAAUGAAAAGAUGAAUAUAGUAUUUAUUUAUUUACUUUAUUUUCGCCUACCUCAUGGUGUUGAUAUAAUCAUCAAUAAAGUAACUUGCGUAAAAUUACAUCACUGUAAUUCAAUGGACGUAAUGAUAAAAUGAGCUUGACUCGAUUGUAAAUUUGUAGAUAUUCAGAAUGGACGACAUUUUUAUUAAUUAUUUCAAUUGAGUUAUUUUAAACAUUGUAUGUAGAGAUGCAACGGUGGCGAUAACCGUACUCACAGUUACCGAUCUAAUUACGAUAAAAUUUGGUACGGUUAUCGGCUUGAAACGGCGACAGUUAACUGGUGAAUGAUCGUUACCGUUGGACCAUUAGUUGUACGUGCAAAAUAAUAAAAUUCAUAAUUAAUAUGGACAAAGCAUAGAAUUACGAUUCACUGGGACUCUGUUCACAAACUAGUGUUAACUUGUGCGAUUGAUGAAACAUUAUUUACUGGAGAUGACUUCUAGGUCUAUGAAUUGAGCUAAAUCAUGUAACUGGAAUGUUAUUCUUCUAAGCAACACACGUGACGUUUUUUCUAAUUUCAAUUUAUCGAGAAUACAGGAUAUGGUAGAGAUGUGUCUGUAUUCUGUAGGUAUUUUCCCUAACUUUGUAAUUCGUUAUAUGUUAUACUUCUAUCAAUAUUUUUCGCAUUUCGAGCAACAAAUUCCUUUUGAUUGAACGUGUAUUUUCUCACUGGAGAUUCAUGCUCACAGAUAAGAUCAUUUUCUACAAAUUUAAUGACAACGAUAUCGCUUUGUCAAUCUUCUUAUAAAACGAAUGAGUCACUACAGUAUCGACACAGGUUACUUCGGCAAUUACUUGAAGUUUUCGUCUAACUAUAUGUAUAUGUUCGACAUACUCUUGAAAAUAAUUACGUGUCUAGGGUUCAUUCCAUAGUGACAAAUAAAUUCAAUCAAAAGUACUGAUCGUAAUAUUCAUAUUAGUUUUUUUUUUUGCUGAAAGCUUAGCAAAGUAUUUAUGGACUCUAGUAGUAUAUGGUUUGGAUAAAACUUAAUGAAAGUAAUCAAAUAAAUAAUAAUUUAGCGAUGAAACUGAAGAUAAAAAAUGCUAUAACGAAAUAUUUAUUGUUUUUCUUUCAUUUUAUUCUGGGAAGGUAUAUCCUAUCGAAGCAAUGCCAACGUUAAAAAGAGAAAGAAACGCUGUAUCUGGGAUUGCGAAUAAUGCGCACUGCGCCUUUCUAACCACUAGGUGAUGAUAUGAUACGAGAAUGCGGAUGCACAUGAGAGUGUGGAUGUGGGUAUGAGUGGUGGUAUGGUUUACAGUUUGUUUUUUUUCGAUACCUUGAGAUAUCGAUCCGUGCGCAAGUUUCAUUGUGCGUAUCUUUCGUAGACCCGCUAUAUCUAUAUCAACUCCUCUUAUUUAAUUCGUGAAAUUGUAUAUUUAUCCAGACAUAAGUAAUGUCUCAGUCCAAUCUCGUCCUCUAAAUGCAGAUUACAGUUUGGAGAACUCAAUGUAACAAAGAAAAUUCUAGAAUGAGCCGUCUCAACGCCUUGCAUUUCUUGAGUUUUGGUUGUUUCACUUAAGACAGAUUGUCAAAGUAAUUUCAAUAUCAAAGGAAAGAGAUAAAUUUUCUUUAUAAAAGGAAUAUAUUUGAAAGAAAAAAAUUCGUUAUUUCAAAUCUUUUAAAACAUACAAUUCGCCAAACAAAAUCUAGCUGCUUUUCCAGAUGAAUAUAGUGUAUCAAAGAUUGAUGUCAUAUGUGAUAAGACACUCUAAAACGAAUUAGUUCAAUAGUAAAGUCUUUUUAAGGUGUACAGAAGCUUCAAAGUCUUAAAUGGAUCUUCCUACGAAUAUAAACUAGGACUCUUUGCUAUGAAACCUGUACAAGAUUCGUAAGUGGAAAAAUGGCUCGUUAUGGAAGAUACAAAAUCAUUCAUGUUUUAUACGAACCCUUUAGAAUUCAGUACAAAUCUCUUGAAGUUCACUAGAAAUCCUGUAAGCGUUCAUAUAAAAUAUGAAUGGUUUUGUAUCUUCCAUCUUUGCUACGAACUUUUUUUCGCCCUACGGAUCUAAUAAAAAUUUCGUAGCAAAGAUCCCUAGUUUAUAUAUGCAGGAAGAUCCACUUAAGAUUUUGAAGCUCCUGUACAGCUGAAAAAUACUCCAGUAUUAACUAAUUUUAUUUAAAUUGCACAAGUCUCUGGAUAUUGUUUUAGGUAGAAAUAACUGAAAAUCUAUUAAAAUCAUAAUCAUAAGACCUUCAAAUACUCCUGUAAGUCUUGAUGAAAUUCUCUCACAACUCAUGUCAAUCUAUUUGCUAAUUCGUGGUCGCAAAUGUUUCAUAGGGCUGGUGCACUUUCUAAAUCAAUUCGUGCUAUACAUGUAGCGAAACACUGUUCAGGACCUUAUUAUGGUCUAUUUUAAGUCUUUCGAUCAAAUUCUUCAUUUCGAGAUUCAAUUGAUUAUGCAGAAAGAAAGAGUGAUUCCAUACAAAGUCUUCGUUGGAAGUAUCACGGAUUUGGCAUGUGAAGACUCCAGACUCUCUCUCUAGGAAGCCAUCACAUUAGCUGGAAAAAUGAUAAAUAAAAAAAAAGGAAACGUUCUUAUUUUGUCGGAGAAUCUCUACCAACAGCCUAAAUAUUAAAACACAUGAUUAUGUCUUUAUUCUCAAUAACUAAAAAGCAAUAUUCAAAACUAUGCUUUUCAGUCAUUGUUGUUGAUAUCUGUAAUUUAUGUAGAUCUUUGGGUACAUUUAGAUUGCAGCAUUCUUGGAUCCGAAGACAUAUCCAUUUCUAAAUGAUGACGAUCGAAAAAUAGCAAAAAAACUUCUUUUCAAAAAACUGAAAAAUACAUCUGCUGCAAACGUAAAUUUACCACCAACUUCAACAAACUCAACAGAAAAUCCAUCGAAUCCUCUAUAUCAAUUAGCAAUUAUGUGUGGUCAUACUGUAUCUUUUACAUCAUUAUCAAUAUCUCAACGACCAAUAACUCUUGAUGAAGAGCUAAGCACGUACAUUCAAUCUGUCCGAACUGCUACAAGUUUUCAAGAAUUCUGGUCAUCGAACGAGAAAGUACUACCACGUCUCGCUCGUCUUGUAAGACGAACAAAUAUUUCACCUAUUACUUCGGUAGCUAGUGAAGCGCUUUUCAGCGUAGCCAAUUUUCUUAGUCGUAAACAAAGAUCAGGACUUUCAUCACGUACUCUUCGGUACCUACUCGUUUUAAAAAAUCGUCAUCUACUUGAUAAACUUGAACAAAACUAUUGA